AUGAAACUUCCCUCUGAUAUGCUUCCUUCUUCCUCUUCUGAUGUUUGUAAACUUCGACGUAAACAGGCUUCUCGGGCUUGGUUUGAGAAGUUUCGUACUACUCUGCUUAAGUUCUCCUUUACGCAGAGUCAAUAUGACUAUUCUCUCUUCUUUCAAAAGUCUAUCGCCGGUAUCGUUCUCCUUUUGGUUUAUGUGGAUGAUCUCAUUAUUACGGGAACUGAUCAUGAGUUAAUUACUAAGUUACAAACUGAGCUCCAUGCAAUAUUUCACAUGAAAGAUCUUGGACUACUCAUAUAUUUUUUGAGGUUGGAGGUUCAUCAUCAAUCCAAUGGCAUCUUUUUAAACCAACAAAACAAUAUUAAAGAUUUAAUCAAAUUGGCGGGUUUAGUUGGAACUACAUCAGUUGAUACUCCUAUGGAAGUAAAUGUCAAGUACAGGAAAGAUGAAGGAGAUCUGUUACCUGAUCCCACUCUCUAUCGACGUUUGGUAGGUAGUUUUAUUUAUCUCACCACUACUAGACCUGACAUUUCGUAUGUUGUUCACCAGGUCAGCCAAUUUAUGUCUUCUCCUCGUCAUCUUCAUUUUGCUGCGGUUCGUCGUAUUAUCCGAUAUCUUAAAGGUUCAUCUACACGUGGGUUAUUCUUUCCCAAAGCCUCAUCUUUACAACUUAUGGCAUAUAGUGAUGUUGAUUGGGCAGGAUGUUCGAAUACUCGUAGGUCUACUAUCGAUUGGUGUAUGUUUCUUGGUGAUGCCUUAAUUUCUAUGAAAUGUAAGAAGCAAGAUCAUGUUUCUAAAUCUUCUACUAAGGCUGAAUAG